AUGGAAAACCAAACCACUGUGACUGAGUUUAUUCUCUCAGGACUUUCUUGUGACCCACAACUCCAAAUUUUACUGUUCUGUGUUUUUUUGGUGAUAUACCUGAUCACCCUAGCAGGGAAUGCAGUCAUCAUGGUGGUGAUAAGGGCUGAUACUCACCUUCAUACCCCCAUGUAUUUCUUCCUGUUUCACCUAUCCUUUGUUGAUAUCUGCUAUUCCUCAGCCAUUGUCCCUAAGAUGCUGGUGAACUUUCUAAGAAAGCAUAAAACUAUUUCUGUCAAUGCUUGCUUUACCCAGACAUUCUUCAUCUUUCUCUCAGCUAGUUGUGAAACAUUCAUGCUCUCAGUAAUGGCAUAUGACCGUUAUGCUGCCAUAUGUAACCCGCUGCAUUAUGUGAGAACUAUGAACAAAAGAGUGUGCAGGCAGCUAGUGAGUUUUUCCUGGACAAUGGGGCUUAUGGAUUCAUUGGUAAAUACAAUUCCUGUACUAAAGCUGCACUUCUGUGGGCCCAAUAAAAUUGGGCAUUUUAGCUGUGAGCUUCCCCCACUACUAACCCUGUCCUGCACAGAGGCAUUUUCCAACAAAAUAAUUAUGAUUUCUUCGGUUGUGGUCAUUGGGUUAAGCACGUUCCUUCUCAUGCUGGUUUCUUACAUCCAUAUCGUCUCCACCAUCCUGAGGAUACAUUCUGCGGAGGGAAGAAGGAAAGCCUUCUCUACCUGCAGCUCCCACCUCAUUGUGGUGUCUUUACUGUAUGUAACAGCCUUUGUCCAGUACAUGAAAUCCAGCUAUGUAUCUUCACUGGUCCUAGAUCAAGUUUUUUCUAUUCAGUACAGUAUCUUAACCCCCAUGUUAAACCCUAUCAUCUACAGCCUGAAGAAUAAAGAAGUAAAAAUAGCUCUGGGAAGAAUAUUAAAACUACCAAGGUCUCAAAGGAUUUAA